AUGGACAUGUCGCAAGAGGCUCAGCCAUGCAGAUCUUUUGCAGAGUGCAUGUCUGCGUUUGAGGAAUUGGAACAAAAGACGGAGGGAGUUUUCACUAUCGAGCUCAGCGGCCUGGAAAGUCUACUCAACACAAUACGUACCACACUCGAUGAGGCAGCGACAAAGAAAGCGGCUGUCUGGCUCCAGCAAUGGACCCACAUAUGUACUCACCCAUCAUACUUCGAGCAAAACGUUGACGGCGAUAAAUCCUUGUCUCAAUUGGAAGCACAUCUCUUACCAGACGACCUGCCUCCGUGUACAUGCCACCACGCGUCGGACCUGAUAAUCGAUGAUCUGCAAGACAGAAUCGCAGAUCAGCUGCUGUCUACGAUGGAAGCAUUUUGGAAGAACAGGCCAUCCGACCUCAAAGAGCUGAAACUGGUGAGGGAGAAGCUAGACGAAGAGAUGAUUUGUUUCAACAAACUAAGUGCGAAUCAUGCAAAGAUUUCACGCGCGCUUGAAGACGCGGAGCGGAAAACAGAAGAUCUAGAGGCUAGGUUAGCAGCUUCCGAGAGGGACGCCACGGAUAAAGAGAGACUUGUGAGCGACAGGUACCGCGGGCUUGAGAGAGGCUUCUACGACAAGGUACAGAAAUUGGUUGAAAGCCGGGUGCGCGAUGAGAAAGCCAGGCUUGCUGAUCGGCUUGAGGAUUUGGAAGCGAAAGCCUUGCGUUGUGCUAAACUUCUCGACGAAAACGAGCUAUUGAGGGCCAAGAUCUUACAAGGGGAUCGGGAACAGGUACUGCUCAAGCGAGUGAAGUUGGAAAUGGAAAAGAAGUAUCAGGACCGGGAUGAUGAAGCUAAGGCCUUCAAAGAAGGUUACGAUCAAAUCAGUAACGACAUCCAAACGCUCCAAACCGAGAGGGCAGUACUCCAGGCGGACUACGAUACACUAAAAGAAGAACAAGAAAGAUGGUCUGAACAACAAACGUCGAGCUCUGAGCUACAUUGUGUUGGCCAGCCUGCAGUCCUAAACCAUCCCAUCUCAGCUAGGCCAGCGGUUGAUCGGCAAGCCGCCGAGCUUCAGCAUCUAGCCGGCCUUAUUAUCACCUGGCAAGCCAUGCUACACAAUGCGACUGUAGAGAGGAAUGGCUCAACUAAGCAGAAGGAGUUUCUUGAGAAAAAAGUCCGAGAAGCCGAACAGCAACUAAAGAAGUUGAAGCCUGCUCAUCUAUCGAAGCCUCAUCGUGGUUCGGACACCCAAAGCACACCAAAGAACCCACACACGUCGAAGCAAGUCGUUAUGAACGGUAUGGUGGACGGUCAAGAGGUAUCGUCGUCGCCAAUCAGCACUCUUGCAACACGCCAAAAGCCUCGUGGUGCAGUGGAAGCAUUUCCUGCACUGAGCGCUUCAGCACGUCCCUUGACCCCUGCUCACUCUUCCAAGUCGACUUCAGGAACAGCUACCGCGUCCGAACGCACUGAGCUAUACAAGCUUCCGGGAGUCAUGGAAGCCUCAGAAGAUCACGUAACAGAGAAGGUGCAGUCGCUGAGCGAUCUGGAGCUUGCUGUUCUCAUUUGUUUAGUCGCGGAUCAACAUUGCAUCAUCGAAGCGGAAAGGGAAUUAACCCGUGACGUGGUAGAGGAAUUGAAGCUUGUCGCUAGAAAUGUCUUCGGAUUAACGUGGGCUGUACUGGAAUGCAACGAAGAUACUACGCUGGAUGAUUUCGGAAGCGGAAUCCUUGUCAAGGGAGAAGAGAACGAUUACUUUGGGAGCACAAAUGAGCGGGAUAGAGGAGACGUAGCUCAUGCUCCCGGUCACUUUUCACCUAUCUCAAAAUCACCAGAGAGAUUAGACCGACGCACAUCGAAAUCACCCAGACCUUUUAGUCCGCUGGACAGCAAACGUAUUGCGAACAUUGUUGUUGCAAGGAAUCUCAACAGGGCGAACCUGCAGGUUCAGAUCCAGGCUUUAGAGCUGAUCCGAGGCAAGCGGAACUUCACAAGAACAGCCGUACAUGCGGCGCCAAGACCGUUUUUGUUCAUCGCUUUGAACGCUUCAGACACACCACGCUUGACCAUGCAUCUGAACGACCAGUUUUUCAUCUCACACAAACAUCAAAUGGAUGAUGGACUGCCAAACAUUGAAGAGCUACAGGAGAAGCAGCAUGUGUCAGAUGACGGUGCUUCCAUGUCUUCUGUAGUACGCACGCCGCCAUUUCAACCAGGAAAGUACAAGCCGCAGACGGCGCUAUUCUCUUCUGAGGACCUUGUAAGCUUGACGAAGCAGAUGUCAGAAGUGAAGAUCAGUUCUGAAGUACGAGCCUAUCUGCACAACAUUAUCGUCUUCAUGAGGCUGCACCGAGCAGUCGCAGGAGGCAUCUCUGCAUUGGCCACGAGGCACUUCAAUACGCUGGCACACACGCUUGCUCCACUGCAUGGUCUUGAAUACAUCUCACCAUCCAUGGUGGCCUUGGCAGCCCGCAAGAUAUACCCACAUCGUAUCGUCAUCACGGCUCCAGAGAACGAGCGCAGCAUGCAAUGGGGCAGCUCGCUCGAAGCAGUAAAGGCUGUCCUGGAAGGUGUCACGGUUGAGGACGUUAUCGAGGAAGUGCUGGAAUCGGCUAACUUCCUCAUGGAGAGCGAGCUUGGAGACCAAGAUACCAAGGAGAUUACCCAAGUGAAUAGCCACGACGAUGCCCUAGAGGUCGUCUUCGAAGGCGGAUAUAACGGCCAUCGUCGCAAAGCCUCGCUUGCUCCCCACCCCUCUGGCAAGAUGACGUCCCGCCCCGAGAAUGGUCGCCGCACCACCGCGUGUAUUGUCCACUCCCUACUCGAGAAGCACGAUGGCUUGCCAGUAAAAGACCACUCCCAGUCACACGAAGGUCUCGCGCAGGAAAGGCGUGUGGACAAGGACCCAAGCUCUACGCGUGCCGAGCAGACACAGCACUCGCGGUUGUUGACCAAGAAGGAGCUGUCAGACAUGGCAUUUGGCAUACGGGAACUGUCCAAGAAGCUCUCGCAGAUCAGGCUCAAGCUACACGUGAAGAAUAUCUUCAUUCUGGGCAAGGCGCAUGAUGAGGCUCUGAUCAAGAACUCGCGCGAGGUCACCGACUGGCUUCUUCAGAAGAACUCGGAGUACAAGGUCUACGUCGAGCAAACGCUCGAGGACAACAACAUCUUCGACGCUGCAGGGCUGCUGAAGAAUGAGUCGUACCAAGGACGGCUUAAAUUUUGGACAAACGAGAUGUGCGCUCAGAAGCCGCAGACCUUUGACAUCGUUCUGGCGCUCGGUGGUGACGGCACAGUCUUAUAUGCGUCGUGGCUAUUCCAGCGCAUCGUUCCCCCAACCAUCGCCUUUUCGCUAGGCUCUCUCGGUUUCCUCACCAAAUUCGAUUUCGAGCUAUACCCACAAUCCUUAUCCACUGCCUUCGCAGAUGGCAUCACAGUCAGUCUCCGUCUCCGCUUCGAAGCCACGGUUAUGCGGUCACAAAAACGAGACGGCACGGGUCGGGAUUUGGUUGAAGAGCUCAUCGGAGAAGAAAUUGAUGACCACCAUACACACUAUUCAGAUGGCACACACAACAUCUUGAACGAGGUUGUUGUAGACCGAGGGCCAAACCCUACCAUGUCAUCUAUUGAGUUGUUCGGAGACGACGAGCAUUUUACUACCGUUCAGGCUGAUGGCAUUUGUGUUUCUACACCCACUGGCUCGACUGCAUACAACCUUGCAGCAGGCGGAUCGCUCUGUCAUCCCGACAACCCCGUGGUCCUUGUCACCGCCAUCUGCGCGCAUACGCUUUCGUUCCGACCUAUCAUCCUACCCGAUACCAUCGUGCUCCGUUGCGGUGUACCUUAUGACGCGAGAACGAGCUCAUGGGCUAGCUUCGAUGGCAGGGAAAGGGUCGAACUCAAGCCUGGCGACUACGUCACGAUUAGUGCAAGUCGCUUCCCGUUCCCGAGUGUGCUGCCGCUGAACAAGAGGAGAACGGACUGGAUCGAAAGUAUUUCCAGGACCUUGCAAUGGAAUAGCAGGCAAAAGCAGAAGGCGUUCAAAGAGUGGGGUCAGCAUAGGUGCAUACCCUCACUGCAUAUUCGCGACCACUUGAUUCAAGAAAGUGGAGCUCCGGACAAACACAAACGCGACCGGCUCACUACAUGUUGCACCUACAAUCUCCGUGAAUUCUUUUCAGAAUGGCCGUGUCUUGUGAGCGCUGCGACCGUUGCUAUCGGACUUCUCAUGCCCUCCAUCAGCAUAUCCGCGACUCACCAAGCCAUCACGAAUGUCCUGGAUGCGACUUCGACGGCGCUGCCUGGGAGGACCUACUCGACCACUUUCGUGAAGAAGGCUGCCGUACUGCUUGUCAGGGCUGCAAUGAUGGAACUGGAUCAUACUGGGUUCCUCAAUCUGAAGAGUACUUGA